UCGCCCGGCGCGGAUGGCGCACUCGGCCGCGGUGCCGCCGGGCGCGCCGGAGCAGGGCUGCCCCAUCCGCGUGGAGCACGACCGCCGGCGCCGCCAGUUCACCGUCCGGCUCAACGGAUGUCAUGACCGGGCUGUCCUGCUCUAUGAGUAUGUGGGCAAGCGGAUCGUGGACCUGCAGCACACUGAGGUCCCUGACGCCUACCGCGGGCGCGGCAUCGCCAAGCACCUUGCCAAGGCCGCCCUGGACUUUGUGGUGGAGGAGGACCUGAAGGCCCACCUCACGUGUUGGUACAUCCAGAAGUACGUCAAGGAGAACCCUCUGCCACAGUACCUGGAGCGGCUGCAGCCCUGACCCGCCGACGGCGUGCACUCCCUGCCGGGCCCGCCCGCCCUCAGGAGCCUGGACCCACUGGGAGCAGGCUCAGAGUGACUUUCAUAAGGACACUCAUCUGGCCCCACAUCCAGGCCCCUGGAGGCCUCUGGCUGAGGAUGGGCGGCAGCCUGGUGACGGGGGAGGCCGGGCAGUCCCAACAGCUCCCGCUCUGCAGAGACGACCAGUGGCGUCGAGAGGCCUUCUGUGGGCAGGACAGGGCCAGGCCAGCCUGGGUCCUGCCACUGUUCCCUGCCCAGCAAUCAGCAGGAGGGCUGAUGUAGGGCCCCUGCCACCACCUCUCUUGGGCCCGUGUCCUUUCUGCACAUGAAGAGGGUGUUCCGCAAAGCCAAGAGGAGCAAUAAGAAACCUCGUGUGCCAACAUCUGAGGGUGGCAGCGCCAUGCCUUGCUUGCCACCUGUGGUGCUCCCUCCUCUGCCUUGGACUUCUGUGCCUGGCGUGGGAGCCACAGCCUGGGGCGGCCCCCGCUGACAGGAGAGCCGAGAAGCACGGUGACUUAGCACGGCCCAGGCUCCAUUGUGCUCACACACACGUGAACAUGCAUGAACAUAUGCACUCAGGAUAUGGCAUGUGGGCAGGCUGGGGGAGCACGGUGGUGGUUUUCCUCUCCUUGUGAUCCUCAUCUCUUGUUGGCCUCUUGCGCAUCACUCUGCAGGCAAGCGAGGCCCAGCCCAUGGGCCGCUGUCCCUGUGCCCCCUCUGCCAGGUGCAGCUCUGAGACCACCGCGAAGCUGCGAGGGUGCCUUGCGCCUGGGCUGGGAGGGAGGGGCUGCCCUCCCAGAGCCGCUCUCGCCACCCAAGAGGAAGGAACAUUUCAGCCGGAGGGUUUCUUUCGCUGCCCCUAGAUGCCAGAGUGUCCUCUUUGUGCUUUGCUGCCUGUCGGGUCCCAAGGCUUUUGCCCAGACCAGCCUUCCUGGGUAGAGCCUAGGAGAUGCCCCAGGAUGCUUCAUGUCCCUGGGACCAGCCUGUCUGGGGCCCUGCCGCUUCCCCUGAGGGUUAGUUUGGGCUCAGGGUCUUGACCUCUUGUGCCCCACCCCCUACAAGGGUCAGAUUUGUUCCUGCCCCUCUGUGGCUCUGGAGGCUGACCCAGGAGUCGGGCACUUUGCAGCUGAGACAUUGACACCAAUGCCUGGGGAUGGUGUGUCCCCCCCAGGCCUCUGGGGGUAUCUGAGGCUGGGCUCUGGGGGUGUAGGGAGAGGCUGACGGGGCUCCCCGUCUUCCUCCCCCAGUGCAGGGCCUCAGGGAGGGCUGGGUGCUGCAGGCACUGGGUGCUGUGGUGACCCCUCCCUUUACCUGACUCCAUGAGGCAGGCACUUGCAUAGCCCGUGCUUGCAUUUUCCACUCAACUCCACACUGCCCCUAGUCUUGGCACCAGGACCCCCUUCUCUCUUUCCUCGGCUGCAUCAGCUCAGGGGCCCAUCCCCGAUGCCGCGCACAAAGCCUCCCCACCUCGCCGCAGGACCAGCGAGAUGUGCAUGUCGAGGCCUGACAGCCUGCCAUGGGCGUCCCGGAGCCCUGCUGUGUGAGUCACAGCCGUGGACCAGCAGUGGUUCCAUCCCGAGCACCCCCCACUCCCAGCCCCUUACCGCAUGCCAGUGCUCCUGCUCUGACCUCCAGGAAUUCUUAGGAGCCAAGACCAUCCUCCACAGCUCUGUCUGCAAAGGGCUGAAGCAGACAGAUGGGCAAGGCAUCCUUCCCAUCUACACGUCCCUCCGCAAGUCCAAGCACAUAUCUGUCGUGACUCCCAUGGCUCAGUGGGCUGGGGCUGUGUCCCUCGGUGGCCUGCAGGGUAGGUGGCCCAGUGCCUUCCCAGCCUCACCACAGGAGGCCCCAGAGGGCUAGCAUGGGCCCUGAGGAGCAGAUAGAGCCAGGUGGCACCAGGAGGGACUGAGCCUGUCCCCACUGCGUCCCUGCCUAAACCUGAGUUUCUGAGCACUGUGCUCUGACAGGUGACUUGCCCACCACCGGCUCAUACAACACUCAGUACUUGAGCCAGGAGACGUGGGGUUUGGAGGCCUGUGCAGGCCAGGAUCCGGCUGGGACUUCCUCAGCAGGCGUGGCCUGAGCUCUGCAGGUGUGGCCUGGGCCACCUUAAAGUACCACUGGCCCCACUCCAGGGGCUCAGCAGGACUAGGGUGAGGGGGUCUGGCCCAUGGUCCCCAGCAGAGCCUCAGCAAUAACCACAUCUACCCAGGGCGACCCCCCACAGACACCCUGCCCUGGAGUUCCCAGCUCAACCCUUGGCCAACACAGCCCGUCCUCUGGUGCUACCCCAUUUGCCUGGUGACCCAGCCUCACCCCUGCUCUGUCCUGAAGCUCUGGGAGCCCCUGGUUGGGAGGCUGAUUGCUCAGGGCCAGUUCUUGCGCUUUGUCAAGACACGUGCAGGACAAGGCAGGGGGACAUUCGCUGGGAGUGGGGGUGGGGCGGCUCCUCCCAGUGGGCCUCCUGCUGUCCUGCAGGUCUCCCUGUGGGUUUCUGUUUCUUGCCUGGUCAAAACAGGUGGAAACUCAUGUGCCUUUUCUACUCAGGACCUGUUACAGGUGGGGUCUGGGCCACGGCUGGUCUCUAGACCAGCUCCCAUUGUUAUUUUCCAAACUUCUGAACAGACUGCAUGGCAUCCAUUUCAAUAAAAGGUGUGGCCUAGUGCAGCGGCCCAGGACUCUUCCAGAAGAGACACGCAGGCUGCAGCUCUCUGGCUGUUAGCCCUGCGAGCCGCUGGUGUCCCACAGCCCCACUUUUCUGUGAGGCGGGCAGGGCUCCAGGCAGCACCAGGGCCUGGCUGAGGUCUCCCCACGGGGCGCUGGUGGCAGCGGGCCCCCUGCCCCUGUCUGGGUGACUUUCCUGUCUGUUCCUCCCGGGCUGGCCUGGGCCCCACACCACCGUUCCAGCCUCCUCCUGGGUCCAAGGCCCCCCUGGGCCACAGCCCAGCUUGGGUGGCUCCCCUCCCGUGGAGCAGGCUGCCUAGGAGCAGGCUGUGGCGACAGGCCAGCGAAGUCUCUCUGCUGGGGAUAUCUGGCCCAGCGCAGGGCUGGCCUCGCGUUCACACAGGCACAUCAGGGGAAGCUACUGUCCCCAGAACACGAGAUCCCGAGAGUCCGGAGUCAGGCCAGGCCCUGGCUGUCCGGGGUGGAGCCGACUCCGGAAGGGAGUUUCCCUCUCCCUCCCACUUGGGCCCACACAGCUGCUGCCAAGCCCUCCACGCGCCUGCCAUCGGCGGUGCUGAGGUGCCUGUCUGACAGGCGGAGAGCGAGACUGAGGCGGGGGGGCAGUCACAGCCUGCAGCCCACACAGCCAGAGGGGACCAGGACGCAAACCCAGGUCCUGUUCCCUCCAGACGACGGUGUCGAGCCUGUGUCGUGAGGUCUUACGUCUGCUCUGGGUGGCAGGUGGCCUCAGAAGGCCACACGGAUAAACUCCGAACGCCUUCUCUGCCGUUCAGGGAGCUGAGAUGGGGUGCUGCCUGCAGCCGGCAGGGGCACGGCCUACGCGGGGAGGGGCCGAGGCUGGGGUGCGAGCAGGAACCUCAGGGGAGCCUCUGACCGCGUACGCACACUGUUUGUCCCAGUUCAGGGGUCUCAGAUCUGUGCAAGUCCACCUAAGCGUCUCCUUGCUAUUCUCAGGGCCCCACUCCUACACUGAUGUCCUAAAUGUCACAUAAGAGAUCCGGUGAGGCUGUGGAUUCCGCUCGGGCUAUGACUUAGCAGCCUGCGGGGCACGGUUGGGGUUAUGUUUGCAGUUGUAACAGUCAUGGCUACAAGAUAUUAAAGAGAUUCUUUUCUGGUUACAAA